AUGGAGGAGUUAUUAGCAAAACACCGCAAGGAACAAAAAGAUCUCCAAGCACGCAUCACUCAGAAGAAGAAAUCUGCCACGAAGAAGACCCGCCGAGGAAUUAACGAAGAAUGCGAGAGACUUCAGAGGGAGCUUUCCGAACGACACCAGGCCGAGAUUGCAGAGUUGAAUGGCGAGCCUGCCCCGCCCGUUGACGACCUCGACGAUCUCAGUUUGAAUGGAACUGAAGAAGAUAAAACACAGAAAGACCAUGCCGAUAGUUCACAAAAUCCUCCUUCGAUAGAUAAUUCUCCAGAUACAUCUUCAGCGACCUCAGAGUCCUCCGCCCCCUCACCACGACCUAAGAAACCAAAUCGCCAAAAGGCUCGUCUGGCACGUCGCGCCGCGGAGCAAGCGGCGCAGUCUGCCAUUGCCGCGGAAGAAGCUGCAAAACAAACGGAUCAUCGUGGAGAUGAACAAGAGGUCAUGGAUGGUGUUUUUAAACGGUUGGGGUUGAAGCAGGUUGAGAUAAAGCCCGAUGGGCACUGUCUCUACUCCGCUAUUGCCUACCAGCUGGAAAUGCUGGGUCUGGGAUUGAAACCUGACCCAAAAAGAAUCAUCCUUGAGAACCCGACUCAGUCCCGCAUUGAUACCGUAGCUUCCCCUCAGCACGAUGGCUAUAGAGCAGUUAGGGCUGUUACGGCCGAUUUCAUAAACGAGCACCAUGAUGAUUUUGUGCCCUUCAUGGAGGAGCCCGUGGAACUAUACACACGCAAGAUCAAGCUUACAGCAGAGUGGGGUGGGCAAUUGGAGCUAUUAGCGAUUGCUAGGGCAUAUGGCGUGGAAAUCAACGUCAUACAAGGUGACGGAAGGAUCGAAAAGAUCGAAGGUGAUACUCAAGAGUAUGAUGACGAACAGAAGAGCAAACGCGUUAUUUGGUUGGCCUACUAUCGGCAUACGUACGGUCUCGGUACACUUUCAAGCAAGGAUUCAAUUCCCCUACUUAUACCCCUUGCCGUGCCACCUAUGGCACUGUAG